AUGUCACUCUUACUCCAACAUAACUUUACCUACCUUCAGAUGGCCGCCAUUCGAAAGAAGUUGGUCAUUGUGGGUGAUGGAGCCUGUGGUAAGACCUGUCUCUUGAUUGUGUUCAGUAAAGACCAGUUCCCCGAUGUAUAUGUGCCUACAGUAUUCGAAAACUACGUCGCCGACACAGAAGUGGACGGAAAGCAGGUACGGUGCAUUACCAUGGUAUUUUAUCGUAUUUUAGGUGGAAUUGGCAUUGUGGGAUACGGCCGGCCAAGAGGACUACGACAGGCUACGGCCGUUGAGUUACCCGGAUACGGAUGUGAUUCUGAUGUGCUUCUCCAUUGACUCACCAGAUUCACUCGAGAACAUACCAGAGAAGUGGACACAAGAGGUAUGUCAUUUUGACAUAUAGGGGGGAUAAAAUAACAUUUUUUGAACAAAAAAGUUAAUUAACAUCGUAUUUUAGGUUUUUCCAAACAAAACUUUAACUUUUUAAGUAAACUUAUGUGUCGCAGGCUGCAUUUAUAUGGGCGCAACCUGCCAAAAACAAUUUUUUUCAAAAAUUUAAAAUAAUUUGUUUAGGUACGACAUUUCUGCCCUGAGGUACCAAUCAUCCUGGUCGGCAACAAGAAAGAUAUCAGGCAAGACGAGGAGGCGGUCAGAGAGAUGAAGAAAGUGAAUCAGGGACCCAUCAGUAUGGAGGAUGGUCAGAAAAUGGCUCAACAAAUCGGUGCCUACGCUUAUCUAGAAUGUUCCGCCAAAACCAAAGAGGUCAGUACUAUAUAGUUUUAUACAUUUGCAACCAUGGUACUACAAUUAGGCAGCAGGUUGAGCUUUGUGGGGGGGGUAGAGAUUAUGGCAGGUGGUGCUAUAUUUAAUGACUGUCUAAUGUUAUUAGGUUGUUCAAAUAAUUCUGUGCUCCUAAACUCGAAAAUUUACUUUGAGUGAGGGCACAGAAUUAUUUGGACAACCUAAUACUGAUGUGCAACCAUGGUAUCAGGAUUAGGUAGCGGGCUAAAUUUUGAUGGAGGGGGAGGGGUGGUAAAGGAAUUGUGAGUACUAAAUGUUAUAUCUUAUGACUGUAUACCUAAUGUUAUUAGAUUGUUCAAAUAAUUCCGUGCCACUCAAAGAAAAUUUUUGAGGUUAAGGGGCACAGGAUUAUUUGAACAACCUAUUGUAUGGUAUUUAGUAAAUAUAGAUGAUCUUCUGUAUAAUGAACAAAUUUAAAACCUUUGUCCAAUUAGUAGUACAUAACUUUUGCUGUAGUACUACUUCGUACUAUAACGUUAUAAUGUAGUUACUUUAGGGUGUAAAAGAAGUUUUCGAAACAGCGACACGAGCCGCGUUGAUGACAAAGAAAAAGCAGACUGGAAAGUGUAAAAUACUGUGA